UAGAAUUCUCGCCUCCUCAUUGGAUACUCAGAAUGACAAAUAGGGAACUGUGAAGGAGCAAAACGGCACCGGUGAGAAACGUGGGUCAAACUCCUGUGCAUUUUGUUCACCUCAAUGAUGGCUGCCUCAACGAAACUGUCGUCUUUCCGUCUGCCUCCCUUUCCUACUGUAGGCGAGCUCAUAAAGCUGUACAAACUGCGAGCUGAGAAACAGCUCUCCCAGAACUUUCUGUUGGACUUGAAGCUCACAGACAAAAUAGUGCGUCAGGCGGGCUGUUUGAGGGAUGCCUAUGUGUGCGAGGUGGGUCCGGGUCCCGGCGGGCUCACCCGCUCCAUCAUCAAUGCCGGGGCGACGGACUUGCUUGUGGUGGAGAAGGAUACACGCUUCAUCCCAGGGCUGAAGCUGUUGUCUGAGGCAGCACCAGGGAGGCUGAGGAUCGUGCACGGUGACAUACUCACCUACAGAAUGGACCGAGGAUUCCCAGAAAGCAUCUCUAAGCCAUGGGAGGGAGAUCCACCAAACCUUCACAUCAUAGGCAAUCUCCCAUUUAGCGUCUCCACCCCCCUCAUCAUUAAGUGGCUGGAGAACAUAGCCAACAGAACGGGGCCCUUCAUCUACGGACGCUCCCAACUCACACUCACUUUCCAGAAAGAGAUCGCAGAGAGGUUGACAGCCUGCACAGGCAGUAAACAAAGGAGCCGUCUGUCCAUUAUGGCUCAAAACUUCUGCACAGUCCGCAACUGCUUCACCAUCCCUGGACGGGCCUUCGUCCCUAAACCAAAGGUGGACGUGGGAGUCGUUCACUUCACCCCUCUGGUUCAGCCCCAGAUCCAGCAACCCUUCAAGCUGGUGGAGAAAGUCGUCAGGAACGUUUUCCAGUUCCGCAGGAAGCACUGCUAUAAAGGAGUAGAAAAGUUGUUCCCUGAGGCAUGUCGUUUUGAGCUGACACAGGAGAUGUUGCAGAAGGCAGACGUGGACCCCAGUCUACGCCCUACCGACCUCACCAUACCUCAGUUCCGGGCUUUAGCGGAUGCCUAUGCUCAUUUAUGCACCCAGGAAACAAGUCUCUUCGGCUAUGAGUUCAGAGAGGAGCUCAGACUGAAGCAUCUCACCAGGAAAAGAAACAAACCAAUGGACACAUUUAUUAUAGACGAGCCAACCGACACGCCACCGAAAUCCUCAACAACCCUGCUAAAUAAAAAUAAGCACGGAAACCAAGAGAAGCCCACUAAUAGCUUCUGUUAGCACGGGGAAACAACAGACUGCUCUUAGUCUUGACAUUUCCACCUGGCAUAGGCAUGCAUUUUUAAAACGUUUUUUCCCCUGCAAUAGGUAGCUAAGUAUACAUGAAAUCCUGGGACAGACAAGACCAUAAAGACAUAAACAUAUAUAUAUAUAAACAUAUAUACAUAAAUAUCCUGGGUGGGUGGAAUCAGCUUCAAGACUUUGCUCCAUGAUGGGACAACUCAAAGCAGAGUGAUGUGUAUUUGGGAGCGUAAAGAAAGCAUGCUAGUUGCCCACAGUAUCUCUUUAAGAGUGAGUAUCUCUUUAUGUCCCAAUUCUUACUUCAGAUCCAACUUGCAUAACACCUUGUCCUGUGGGACCAGAAAGAACCGAGUGUUUUCAGGGUGAUUUAGAAAAUGGGAACAACAUGGCAGCGCCAUAUUCAGGCCAUUUUCCCCUUCUCUGAGUACUGUAUUGCUUAGUCACCUGGGAGACGGAGAUUAAAGGGAGGAGGAAAGUGGUGGGAAUUUGUCAACUCCAGACAGACUCUUAUUGUAUUAUAGGAUAAAGUAUAUAGGACUGUUAAUGCCUAUAUAAAAAACACAAUCUGCAAAUGUUAGUGGAGGCACUGAUGUCCUGCGCAUUUGUUACAUUUCUUGUACAAAAUAAAGCAUUUAUGUCAUGAAUGUUGAAUAAAUAAAUAAGACAA